CCCUAAAUGUGAAUUGCCCACUGUCUCCUUGCCCGCCAAAUCGAUGAAGAUGUCAACAAGACAAUAAUAAAGGUGAAGACUUUGAUUUCAUUCUUCAUGCUCUUCUGAGACAAAAAUCUGCUUCUCCUGUUCCGACAUGAAACCACAGACUCGACGACCGACGCGGGAUGCGGGUCAAAAAUCCAGUGGCACUCGCCGAGUGACCGCACCAGUACGGGAGAACGAUUCUAAGACUCGGGCGAUCCGGAUCAAACCGGAAUCUUCGCCGGCCGGGAUCGAACCUCGGAUCCUGUCGGUUCCAAUCUCUGCGGAGAUGAAGCUGAUGAGCAAGGAUUUCUUCCAGGUAGAUGCCCUGGAUCUCGCGCCGCGUUUGCUCGGGAAAUUCCUGAGGAGAGACAAUGUUGUGCUGCGGAUUACAGAGGUAGAAGCUUAUAGAACAAAUGAUUCAGCUUGCCAUGGUCGAUUUGGGGUUACAACACGAACUGCACCCAUCUUUGGGCCAGGGGGGCAUGCAUAUGUUUAUCUUUGUUAUGGUCUCCAUAUGAUGCUGAAUAUUGUGGCUGAUAAGGAAGGAGUUGGAGCAGCUGUUUUGAUACGAGCUUGUUCUCCGGUUAACGGAUUGGAGACAAUACAGGGGCGUCGUGGUCAGAAAACUGACAAGCCUGUUCUUCUUACAGGACCAGGAAAGGUCGGGCAAGCUCUUGGACUCUCACCAGAUUGGUCUCACCACCCUCUGUAUACUCCCGGGGGGUUGGAGAUUUGCGAUGGACCAGAGGUAGAGAAAAUAAUGGUCGGACCGCGAGUAGGGAUAGAUUAUGCAUUACCCGAGCAUGUUAACGCCUUAUGGAGAUUCGCUGUCGCGGGUUCGCCUUGGAUAAGUGCUCCUAAGAAGACUCUUAGGUCUCUCUAGCUUCUUCUUUUUUUGGGCCAAAAACUCUCUUUUCAGUUUUCGGCUCCAUCAAAUGUACAUGGGGAAGAAUGGAUGAUGGUAGGGUUCAGUUCUUGAAUCAUACAUACAGAAUCUUGUUUCAAGUUCUUGAAUGCAAAGGACUUGAGUUCGGUUCCAUGAAAAGUGUUUGUAAUAAGCUUUGAUGGCAAUCUCUCUUUUGCAUACAGAUAUGGAUUCUUACCAAAAAAAAAAAAA